AUGCAGUUUAUUACACUUUUUUGUGUACUGUGUCUUCUUGUUUUACAGCCAACAAUAAGUGUUACAUCAUUCGCUCCGUUUCUACAAAGUCCUGAUAUUGAAACACCAAAACUACAUGUUGCUAGACGGUUACGAGCUCCACUUAUGGGUCGUUCAAUCAUAACACCAUUGAUUGACGAUAGUUUCGAAUUAAUUAAAAAUGAUACAAAUGAUAUGAAUAGUAGUGAUGAAUAUGACAUUAUGAAACCCAAUAAACAAAGUUUACUUUUGGCAUUAUUAAAACGACAAAGACGGAUUAAUUCGAAAAGAAAAGGACCACUUUUUGGCUAA